CGACCAUAGACUGGCUGCGACUCGUGACUUUUAUUUUGACGGAUGUUUCCCGGAUGUUGUUCGUUGUGUUUCUGACUGUAGUCACAGAUUAGCAGAGUGUUUUAAUAACAGCGAGAUGAGCUCGUUACAGGCGCAGAUCUCCGCGAUCAUGGACGUGCUGGCGAAGGCGGCGGUGGCGGAGAUCAGUCAGCUGCUGGAGGAAGACGCUGCUGCUCUUCAUCAGGAGAUCCGGAGGAGGAACGAGGAGAUCCGGGGACUGAAGAACCGACUGCUGCUCACCGAGACUCAGCUCAAGCGAGCCACGGACAGAUGCUCCAUCGGUGUACAAGUGCAGCUCACGGACACGAGAGUAUCGGCUCAUUCGGUCGAUCUCAGUCAGGAGAAGGUGUUUCCCUCGGAGGAGAAACCUCAUUAUUCCCACACGCUGGAGCUGAAGCGAGAAGAUCCCGUCACGUGCUCCGCAGAGCCGGAGGAAGAGGAGCUCAGCGGCCUGGAGUUUGAGAUGAAGAUCGAGCAGGUGGAGGAGAGCCAACACCACCGUGACGAUGGAAACGUUCAUCCGUGGAGUUCAAAAGCGCUUGACGAUCCGGAGAUCCGUCUGAUCGAGUCGGAGCAGCAUUCCCAGACUUUUCCAGACCCGUACGUGAUGACGGAGGAUCCCACGGUCGCUCAGUCGUCCUCCGGUCUGUUCUCGCUCUCUCACGAGAACGAGAGCUUCGGCGCUUCGGGAGACGUCGAGUACGGACUGAAUCCUCAUUCGAGCUCGUGUCUGGCUAAAACACUCUCGCAGCAUCCGUACCAGGAAAGCCAUCCGCAUCCCAAACCGUUCCGCUGCGAGGAGUGUGGCAAAGGCUUCACACAGCGGACGCGUCUGAUCACACACAGACGAAUUCACACGGGCGAGAAACCCUUCCGCUGUCAGCUGUGCGGGAAAACCUUCUCCAGACAGGACAACUGUCUCCGACACAUGCGUCUGCACAGCGGACAGAGAUGAAGAGCGCCGCUCUGAACACUUUUCUCAUGUCUCAAAGUGAGAUGUCUUCAUGUUGUAACUGACCUGUACAUGUAUUUUGCAUUUCUGCAUCACGGCCUGUUUAAUACAUUCCUUAAUAAAGCAAGAAACAGUGAAUUUCUAAUAGCUGAGGGGCGUUGUGAUAGCCAUAUUAUAAAAUUCACUGUAAACCACGGCUUCACGGGGCUUAUUGAUUUUAUAAAACGGUUAUUCCAUAUACAUAGUAAGGUUUCACAAAAUAAAACAGAGCAAAUAAAGUGUAAUGAUAUUAAUAACAACAGUAUUCUUCCACCAAACAAUGUAACUCCUCAGAAUCAGUUGUGAUUGUUACAAAGUGGUUGCCGAGCAACACACAGAUGUAAACAAAGGUGAAUGUUACUUUGUAGAGUCAUUCACAACAGCUUUGAAGUUUGGGAUCAGUGAGAUUUGUAAUGUGUUUUAAAGAAGCCUCUUCUGCUCAGUAAGGCUGCAUUUAUUUGAUCAGAAAUACAGUCAAAAUUGUGAAAU